AUGACUCGAUGAUCACCUCCGUAUCCUGACGCCUCCGAAUGUGGACCGUUGCGUACAGCUUUUAUGUCCAUUAAGGCCCAAGUAGAGAGCGGACAAAUCGACAAUCGACUGAGCUUCACGCAUCACUUGCUGUCCACAAUGGCUCGUAUUGUGAUGACACACUCGAGCGAAAGCAUUCCCUACUGCGCCGCACAACAUGUGCACGCUGCUAUUGAUUCAAUGCUACCUGUGCAUGGUGAUCAUCCGGAGAUCAAUCUAACUCCCAGUCCUGUCACUCAACCGUCCAUCCACACCGGUCCGUCACUCACCAUCAAACGAAUUCGGAAACGACCUCGUUACAGCUGA